UUGUUCAAGAAAUUUGCACUACGAUGACAAUGGAAAGUAUUGCUGGACCGAUUAGCACAGAAGUGCAAGUAUUGACAAAAAACCGUACCACAGGAAAUAUUAAAGCUGGUGCGAUCGAUUUCAUGGCCGGUUCGCUCGGUAAUACUUGAUCGUGUUAUAAUCUUUUUGUUUACUGAUGAGCUUACUUGUGUGAGUGAGACGAAAAGGGAGAAAGACAGAGGGUGCUUGGAAUAUGGUAAACUUUACUCACGUGCGCGAUGAGUGAUGAUGUAAGCAAGUAGCGGAAACUCCCAUGAUAAUUUUUGAAGUUUACUGAGAUAAUGAGACUUUAACGUUUAUUAUAUUGUAGCAAUGUUUAGCUACGCUGUUAUAAAUUGCUCCUAAUAUUGAGCUAAGGAGAAUCGCGACAAUGAGAAACAUGUUUUCUAAUGCAAUUCUUAGAAAAUAAAAAUGCGGCGUAGCACUCGUCUAUGUGGGCCAACCAUUGGACACGGUCAAGGUAAAGAUGCAAACAUUUCCAUCUAUGUAUAAAGGCAUGGUGAAUUGUUUUCUGCGUACAUUAAGGGCGGAUGGUAUCGCGAGAGGUCUAUAUGCUGGAACGAUCCCAGCAGUAGUUGCCAACGUCGCUGAGAACUCUGUACUGUUUGCAGCAUAUGGUGGAUGCCAAAAAGGGAUCGCGCAUUUAUAUGGUGUACAGAGUGUAAAGGAUCUAAGCUUUUUUGGCAACGCCUGUGCCGGCUUCCUUGCCGCGUUCUUUUCCUCACUAACGCUGUGUCCAACUGAGCUGAUAAAAUGCAAGCUGCAGGCGAUGCGCGAGGUCGAGCAGACGCAAACGGCCGCGGGCAAAUCCACGAGACCUCGCGUAGGACCGUGGCAUUUGACGAGGCAGAUACUUAGGGAGCAAGGUGUAAGAGGCCUGUUUACAGGUCUCUCGUCGACGAUAGCUCGCGAGAUGCCGGGUUACUUUUUCUUUUUCGGUGGCUAUGAAGCCACGAGGGAACUACUGGCCGCGAAAGGUCAGAGCAGAGACGACAUCGGCUGGCAGAAGACGAUGGUGGCUGGUGCGGUCGGCGGUGCGAUGCUCUGGGUAGUGAUAUUUCCCGCUGACGUAGUUAAGAGCAGGAUACAGGUGCAGAACUUGAAGAUGCCCGCUUUGACGGUUUUCAAAGAUAUUGCGAGGCAAGAAGGAAUCAGCGCGCUGUACAACGGAUUAACGCCGACCUUAAUAAGAACGAUACCAGCGACCGCAACACUGUUCCUCACUGUCGAGUACACGAAGAAAUUUAUGUACAAUUAUUUCUGAAAUCCGUUUUGAUACUUUGGUUCUCUUACUGUAAUUUUGACAUCACGAGUAAUGAGAUAUCUGUCGCGGAUAGUAAAAUUGUGUGCUAGAUUGACGGAUUUGGUAUCGUUUACAUUUGUAAAUAUAACAGAAUAAAAAUAAAAUUUGUAAAUAUAAUAGAA